CAACCCGCCCCAUUCUCCCACUUUCCAUCACCCCGCCCCAUUCUCCCGCUUUCCAUCACCCCGCCCCGUUCUCCCGCUUUCCAUCACCCCGCCCCAUUCUCCCGCUUUCCAGCACCCCGCCCCAUUCUCCCGCUUUCCAUCACCCCGCCCCGUUCUCCCGCUUUCCAUCACCCCGCCCCAUUCUCCCGCUUUCCAUCACCCCGCCCCAUUCUCCCGCUUUCCAUCACCCCGCCCCAUUCGCCCGCUUUCCAUCACCCCGCCCCAUUCUCCCGCUUUCCAUCACCCCACCCCAUUCUCCCGCUUUCCAUCACCCCGCCCCAUUCUCCCGCUUUCCAUCACCCCGCCACAUUCUCCCGCUUUCCAUCACCCCGCCCCAUUCUCCCGCUUUCCAUCACCCCGCACCAUUCUCCCGCUUUCCAUCACCCCGCCCCAUUCUCCCGCUUUCCAUCACUCCGCCCCAUUCUCCCUCCUUCCAUCACCCCGCCCCAUUCUCCCUCCUUCCAACACCACGCCCCAUUCUCCCGCUUUCCAUCACCCCGCCCCAUUAUCCCGCUUUCCAUCACCCCGCCCCAUUCUCCCUCCUUCCAUCACCCCGCCCUAUUCUCCCGCUUUCCAUCACUCCGCCCCAUUCUCCCGCUUUCCAUCACCCCGCCCCAUUCUCCCGCUUUCCAUCACCCCGCCCCAUUCUCCCGCUUUCCAUCACCCCGCCCCAUUCUCCCGCUUUCCAUCGCCCCGCCCCAUUCUCCCGCUUUCCACCACCCCGCCCCAUUCUCCCGCUUUCCAUAACCCCGCCCCAUUCUCCGGCUUUCCAUCACCCCGCCCCAUUCUCCCCACCUUGCCCAUUCUCCCGCUUUCCAUCACCCCACCCCAUUCUCCCGCUUUCCAUCACCCGCCCCAUUAUCCCUCCUUCCAUCACCCCGCCCCAUUCUCCCUCCUUCCAUCACCCCGCCCCAUUCUCCCGCUUUCCAUCACCCCGCCCCAUUCUCCCGCUUUCCAUCACCCCGCCCCAUUCUCCCGCUUUCCAUCACCCCGCCCCGUUCUCCCGCUUUCCAUCACCCCGCCCCAUUCUCCCGCUUUCCAUCACCCCGCCACAUUCUCCCGCUUUCCAUCACCCCGCCCCAUUCUCCCGCUUUCCAUCACCCGGCCCCAUUCUCCCGCUUUCCAUCACCCCGCCCCAUUCUCCCGCUUUCCAUCAGCCCGCCCCAUUCUCCCUCCUUCCAUCACCCCGCCCCAUUCUCCCUCCUUCCAUCACCCCGCCCCAUUCUCCCGCUUUCCAUCACCCCGCCCCAUUCUCCCGAUUUCCAUCACCCCGCCCCAUUCUCCCGCUUCCCAUCACCCCGCCCCAUUCUCCCGCUUUCCAUCACCCCGCCCCAUUCUCCCUCCUUCCAUCACCCCGCCCCAUUCUCCCUCCUUCCAUCACCCCGCCCCAUUCUCCCGCUUUCCAUCACCCCGCCCCAUUCUCCCGCUUUCCAUCACCCCGCCCCAUUCUCCCGCUUUCCAUCACCCCGCCCCGUUCUCCCGCUUUCCAUCACCCCGCCCCAUUCUCCCGCUUUCCAUCACCCCGCCACAUUCUCCCGCUUUCCAUCACCCCGCCCCAUUCUCCCGCUUUCCAUCACCCGGCCCCAUUCUCCCGCUUUCCAUCACCCCGCCCCAUUCUCCCGCUUUCCAUCACCCCGCCCCAUUCUCCCGCUUUCCAUCACCCCGCCCCAUUCUCCCUCCUUCCAUCACCCCGCCCCAUUCUCCCGCUUUCCAUCACCCCGCCCCAUUCUCCCGAUUUCCAUCACCCCGCCCCAUUCUCCCGCUUUCCAUCACCCCGCCCCAUUCUCCCGCUUUCCAUCACCCCGCCCCAUUCUCCCUCCUUCCAUCACCCCGCCCCAUUCUCCCUCCUUCCAACACCCCGCCCCAUUCUCCCUCCUUCCAACACCCCGCCCCAUUCUCCCGCUUUCCAUCACCCCGCCCCAUUCUCCCUCCUUCCAUCACCCCGCCCUAUUCUCCCGCUUUCCAUCACUCCGCCCCAUUCUCCCGCUUUCCAUCACCCCGCCCCAUUCUCCCGCUUUCCAUCACCCCGCCCCAUUCUCCCGCUUUCCAUCACCCCGCCCCAUUCUCCCGCUUUCCAUCGCCCCGCCCCAUUCUCCCGCUUUCCACCACCCCGCCCCAUUCUCCCGCUUUCCAUAACCCCGCCCCAUUCUCCGGCUUUCCAUCACCCCGCCCCAUUCUCCCCACCCCGCCCCAUUCUCCCGCUUUCCAUCACCCCACCCCAUUCUCCCGCUUUCCAUCACCCGCCCCAUUAUCCCUCCUUCCAUCACCCCGCCCCAUUCUCCCUCCUUCCAUCACCCCGCCCCAUUCUCCCGCUUUCCAUCACCCCGCCCCAUUCUCCCGCUUUCCAUCACCCCGCCCCAUUCUCCCGCUUUCCAUCACCCCGCCCCGUUCUCCCGCUUUCCAUCACCCCGCCCCAUUCUCCCGCUUUCCAUCACCCCGCCACAUUCUCCCGCUUUCCAUCACCCCGCCCCAUUCUCCCGCUUUCCAUCACCCGGCCCCAUUCUCCCGCUUUCCAUCACCCCGCCCCAUUCUCCCGCUUUCCAUCACCCCGCCCCAUUCUCCCUCCUUCCAUCACCCCGCCCCAUUCUCCCUCCUUCCAUCACCCCGCCCCAUUCUCCCGCUUUCCAUCACCCCGCCCCAUUCUCCCGCUUUCCAUCGCCCCGCCCCAUUCUCCCGCUUUCCACCGCCCCGCCCCAUUCUCCCGCUUUCCACCACCCCGCCCCAUUCUCCCGCUUUCCAUAACCCCGCCCCAUUCUCCGGCUUUCCAUCACCCCGCCCCAUUCUCCCCACCCCGCCCCAUUCUCCCGCUUUCCAGCACCCCGCCCCACUCUCCCGCUUUCCAUCACCCCGCCCCAUUCUCCCGCUUUCCAGCACCCCGCCCCAUUCUCCCGCUUUCCAUCAGCCCGCCCCAUCCUCCUGCUUUCCGUCACCCCGCCCCAUUCUCCCGCUUCCAUUACCCCGCCCCAUUCUCCCUCUUUCCAUCACCCCGCCCCAUUCUCCCGCUUUCCAUCACCUGCCCCAUUCUCCCGCUUUCCAUCACCCCGCCCCAUUCUCCCGCUUUCCAUCACCCCGCCCCAUUCUCCCUCUUUCCAUCACCCCGCCCCAUUCUCCCUCUUUCCAUUACCCCGCCCCAUUCUCCCUCUUUCCAUUACCCCGCCCCAUUCUCCCGCUAUCCAUCACCCCACCCCAUUCUCCCGCUUUCCAUCACCCCGCCCCAUUCUCCCUCUUUCCAUCACCCCGCCCAAUUCUCCCUCUUUCCAUCACCCCGCCCCAUUCUCCCUCUUUCCAUUACCCCGCCCCAUUCUCCCUCUUUCCACCACCCCACCCCAUUCUCCCGCUAUCCAUCACCCCGCCCCAUUCUCCCUCUUUCCAUCACCCCGCCCCAUUCUCCCUCUUUCCCUCACCCCGCCCCAGUCUCCCUCUUUCCAUAACCCGCCCCAUUCUCCCGCUUUCCAUCACCCCGCACCAUUCUCCCGCUUUCCAUCACCCCGCCCCAUUCUCCCGCUUUCCAUCACCCCGCCCAAUUCUCCCGCUUUCCAUCACUCCGCCCCAUUCUCCCGCUUUCCAUAACCCCGCCCCAUUCUCCCGCUUUCCGUCACCUCGCCCCAUUCUCCCUUUUUCCAUCACCCCGCCCCAUUCUCCCGCUUUCCAUCACCCGCCCCAUUCUCCCGCUUUCCAUCACCCCGCCCCAUUCUUCCGCUUUCCAUCACCCCGCCCCAUUCUCCCGCUUUCCAUCACCCCGCCCCAUUCUCCCGCUUUCCAUCACCCCUCCCCAUUCUCCCGCUUUCCAUCACCCCGCCCCAUUCUCCCGCUUUCCAUCACCCCGCCCCAUUCUCCCUCCUUCCAUCACCCCGCCCCAUUCUCCCUCCUUCCAUCACCCCGCCCCAUUCUCCCGCUUUCCGUCACCCCGCCCCAUUCUCCCGCUUUCCAUCACCCCGCCCCAUUCUCCCGUUUUCCAUCACCCCGCCCCAUUCUCCCUCCUUCCAUUACCCCGCCCCAUUCUCCCUCCUUCCAUCACCCCGCCCCAUUCUCCCACUUUCCAACACCCCGCCCCAUUCUCCCGCUUUCCAUCACCCUGCCCCAUUAUCCCUCCUUCCAUUACCCCGCCCCAUUCUCCCUCCUUCCAUCACCCCGCCCUAUUCUCCCGCUUUCCAUCACCCCGCCCCAUUCGCCCGCUUUCCAUCACCCCGCCCCAUUCUCCCGCUUUCCAUCACCCCACCCCAUUCUCCCGCUUUCCAUCACCCCGCCCCAUUCUCCCGCUUUCCAUCACCCCGCCACAUUCUCCCGCUUUCCAUCACCCCGCCCCAUUCUCCCGCUCACCCCGCCCCAUUCUCCCGCUUUCCAUCACCCCACCCCAUUCUCCCGCUUUCCAGCACCCCGCCCCAUUCUCCCGCUUUCCAUCACCCCGCCCCAUUCUCCCGCUUUCCAUCACCCGCCCCAUUAUCCCUCCUUCCAUCACCCCGCCCCAUUCUCCCUCCUUCCAUCACCCCGCCCCAUUCUCCCGCUUUCCAUCACCCCGCCCCCUUCUCCCGCUUUCCAUCACCCCGCCCCAUUCUCCCGCUUUCCAUCACCCCGCCCCGUUCUCCCGCUUUCCAUCACCCCGCCCCAUUCUCCCGCUUUCCAUCACCCCGCCACAUUCUCCCGCUUUCCAUCACCCCGCCCCAUUCUCCCGCUUUCCAUCACCCGGCCCCAUUCUCCCGCUUUCCAUCACCCCGCCCCAUUCUCCCGCUUUCCAUCAGCCCGCCCCAUUCUCCCUCCUUCCAUCACCCCGCCCCAUUCUCCCUCCUUCCAUCACCCCGCCCCAUUCUCCCGCUUUCCAUCACCCCGCCCCAUUCUCCCGAUUUCCAUCACCCCGCCCCAUUCUCCCGCUUCCCAUCACCCCGCCCCAUUCUCCCGCUUUCCAUCACCCCGCCCCAUUCUCCCUCCUUCCAUCACCCCGCCCCAUUCUCCCUCCUUCCAUCACCCCGCCCCAUUCUCCCGUUUCCAUCACCCCACCCCAUUCUCCCGCUUUCCAGCACCCCGCCCCAUUCUCCCGCUUUCCAUCACCCCGCCCCAUUCUCCCGCUUUCCAGCACCCCGCCCCAUUCUCCCGCUUUCCAUCACCCCACCCCAUUCUCCCGCUUUCCAUCACCCGCCCCAUUAUCCCUCCUUCCAUCACCCCGCCCCAUUCUCCCUCCUUCCAUCACCCCGCCCCAUUCUCCCGCUUUCCAUCACCCCGCCCCAUUCUCCCGCUUUCCAUCACCCCGCCCCGUUCUCCCGCUUUCCAUCACCCCGCCCCAUUCUCCCGCUUUCCAUCACCCCGCCACAUUCUCCCGCUUUCCAUCACCCCGCCCCAUUCUCCCGCUUUCCAUCACCCGGCCCCAUUCUCCCGCUUUCCAUCACCCGGCCCCAUUCUCCCGCUUUCCAUCACCCCGCCCCAUUCUCCCGCCUUCCAUCACCCCGCCCCAUUCUCCCUCCUUCCAUCACCCCGCCCCAUUCUCCCGCUUUCCAUCACCCCGCCCCAUUCUCCCGCUUUCCAUCACCCCGCCCCAUUCUCCCGCUUUCCACCGCCCCGCCCCAUUCUCCCGCUUUCCACCCCAUUCUCCCGCUUUCCACCGCCCCGCCCCAUUCUCCCGCUUUCCACCACCCCGCCCCAUUCUCCCGCUUUCCACAACCCCGCCCCAUUCUCCGGCUUUCCAUCACCCCGCCCCAUUCUCCCGUUUCCAUCACCCCACCCCACUCUGUCGCUGUCCAGCACCCCGCCCCACUCUCCCGUUUUCCAUCACCCCGCCCCAUUCUCCCGCUUUCCAGCACCCCGCCCCAUUCUCCCGCUUUCCAUCAGCCCGCCCCAUCCUCCCGCUUUCCGUCAGCCCGCCCCAUUCUCCCGCUUCCAUUACCCCGCCCCAUUCUCCCUCUUUCCAUCACCCCGCCCCAUUCUCCCGCUUUCCAUCACCUGCCCCAUUCUCCCGCUUUCCAUCACCCCGCCCCAUUCUCCCGCUUUCCAUCACCCCGCCCCAUUCUCCCUCUUUCCAUCACCCCGCCCCAUUCUCCCUCUUUCCAUUACCCCGCCCCAUUCUCCCUCUUUCCAUUACCCCGCCCCAUUCUCCCGCUAUCCAUCACCCCACCCCAUUCUCCCGCUUUCCAUCACCCCGCCCCAUUCUCCCUCUUUCCAUCACCCCGCCCCAGUCUCCCUCUUUCCCUCAACCCGCCCCAUUCUCCCUCUUUCCAUAACCCGCACCACUCUCCCGCUUUCCAUCACCCCGCACCAUUCUCCCGCUUUCCAUCACCCCGCCCAAUUCUCCCGCUUUCCAUCACUCCGCCCCAUUCUCCCGCUUUCCAUCACUCCGCUCCCGCUUUCCAUAACCCCGCCCCAUUCUCCCGCUUUCCGUCACCCCGCCCCAUUCUCCCGCUUUCCGUCACCCCGCCCCAUUCUCCCGCUUUCCAUCACCCGCCCCAUUCUUCCGCUUUCCAUCACCCCGCCCCAUUCUCCCGCUUUCCAUCACCCCGCCCCAUUCUCCCGCUUUCCAUCACCCCGCCCCAUUCUCCCGCUUUCCAUCACCCCUCCCCAUUCUCCCGCUUUCCAUCACCCCGCCCCAUUCUCCCUCCUUCCAUCACCCCGCCCCAUUCUCCCUCCUUCCAUCACCCCGCCCCAUUCUCCCUCCUUCCAUCACCCCGCCCCAUUCUCCCGCUUUCCCACCCCGCCCCAUUCUCCCACUGUCCAGCACCCCGCCCCAUUCUCCCGCUGUCCAGCACCCCGCCCCAUUCUCCCGCUUUCCAGCACCCCGCCCAAUUCUCGCGCUUUCCAGCACCCCGCCCCAUUCUCCCGCUUUCCAGCACCCCGCCCCAUUCUCCCGCUUUCCAGCACCCCGCCCCAUUCUCCCGCUUUCCAGCACCCGGCCCCAUUCUCCCGCUUUCCAUCACCCGCCCCAUUCUCCCGCUUUCCAUCACCCGCCCCAUUCUCCCGCUUUCCAUCACCCCGCCCCAUUCUCCCUCUUUCCAUCACCCCGCACCAUUCUCCCUCUUUCCAUCACCCCGCACCAUUCUCCCUCUUUCCAUCACCCCGCCCCAUUUUCCCUCUUUCCAUCACCCAGCCCCAUACUCCCUCUUUCCAUCACCCCGCCCCAUUCUCCCUCUUUCCAUAUCCCCGCCCCAUACUCCCGCUUUCCAUCACCCCGCCCCAUUCUCCCGCUUUCCAUCACCCCGCCCCAUUCUCCCACUUUCCAUCACCCCGCCCCAUUCUCCCGUUUCCAGCACCCCGCCCCAUUCUCCCGCUUUCCAGCACCCCGCCCCAUUCUCCCGCUUUCCAUCACCCCGCCCCAUUCUCCCGCUUUCCAUUACCCAGCCCCAUUCUCCCUCCUUCCAUCACCCCGCCCCAUUCUCCCGCUUUCCAUCACCCCGCCCUUAUAUCCCGCUUUCCAUCACCCCGCACGAUUCUCCCGCUCUCCAUCACCCCGCACGAUUCUCCCGCUCUCCAUCACCCUGCCCCAUUCUCCCACUUUCCAUCACCCCGCCCCAUUCUCCCGCUUUCCAGCACCCCGCCCCAUUCUCCCCCACAUUCUCCCGCUUUCCAUCACCCCGCCCCAUUCUCCCGCUUUCCAUCACCCGCCCCUUUCUUCCGCUUUCCAUCUCCCCGCCCCAUUUUCCCUCUUUCCAUCACCCCGCCCCAUUUUCCCUCUUUCCAUCACCCCGCCCCAUUUUCCCUCUUUCCAUCAUCCCGCCCCAUUCUCGCUUUCCAUCACCCCGCCCCAUUCUCCCGCUUUCCAUCACCCUGCCCCAUUCUCCCGCUUUCCAUCACCCUGCUCCAUUCUCCUGCUUUCCAUCACCCCGCCCUAUUCUUCCGCUUUCCAUCACCCGCCUUCAUUCUCCCGCUUUCCAUCACCCGCCUUCAUUCUCCCGCUUUCCAUCACCCCGCCCCAUUAUCCUGCUUUCCAUCACCUCGCCCCAUUCUCCCGCUUUCCAUCGCCCUGCCCCAUUCUCCCUCUUUCCAUCACCUCGACCCAUUCUCCCUCUUUCCAUCACCCCGCCCCAUUCUCCCGCUUUCCAUCACCCCGCCCCAUUCUCCCGCUUUCCAUCACCCCGCCCCAUUCUCCCUCUUUCCAUCACCCCGCCCCAUUCUCCCGCUAUCCAGCACCCCGCCCUUAUCUCCCGCUUUCCAGCACCCCGCCCUUAUCUCCCGCUUUCCAUCACCCCGCCCCAUUCUCCCGCUUUCCAUCACCCCGCCCCAUUCUCCCUCUUUCCAUCACCACGCCCCAUUCUCCCGCUUUCCAUCACCUGCCCCAUUCUCCCGCUUUCCAUCACCCCGCCCCAUUCUCGCGCUUUCCAGCACCCCGCCCCAUUCUCCUGCUUUCCAGCACCCUGGCCCAUUCUCCCGCUUUCCAGCACCCUGGCCCAUUCUCCCGCUUUCCAUCUCCCCACCUGAUUCUCCCGCUUUCCAUCACCCCGCCCCAUUCUCCCGCUUUCCAUCACCCGCCCCAUUCUCCCGCUUUCCAUCACCCCACCCCAUUCUCCCGCUUUCCAUCACCCCGCCCCAUUCUCCCUCUUUCCAUCACCCCGCACCAUUCUCCCUCUUUCCAUCACCCCGCCCCAUUCUCCCUCUUUCCAUCACCCCGCCCCAUUCUCCCGCAUUCCAUCACCCCGCCCCAUUCUCCCUCUUUCCAUCACCCCGCCCCAUACUCCCUCUUUCCAUCAUCCCGCCCCAUUCUCCCUCUUUCCAUAACCCCGCCCCAUUCUCCCGCUUUCCAGCACCCCGCCCCAUUCUCCCGCUUUCCAUCACCCCGCCCCAUUCUCCCGCUUUCCAUUACCCCGCCCCAUUCUCCCUCCUUCCAUCACCCCGCCCCAUUCUCCCGCUUUCCAUCACCCCGCCCCAUUCUCCCGCUUUCCAGCACCCCGCCCUUAUAUCCCGCUUUCCAUCACCCCGCACGAUUCUCCCGCUCUCCAUCACCUCGCCCCAUUCUCCCACUAUCCAUCACCCCGCCCCAUUCUCCCGCUUUCUAGCACCCCGCCCCAUUCUCCCGUUUUCCAUCACCCCGCCCGAUGCUCUCGCUUUCCAUCACCCCGCCCCAUUCUCCCGCUUUCCAUCACCCCACCCCAUUCUCCCGCUUUCCAUCACCCCGCCCCAGUCUCCCUCUUUCCAUCACCCCGCCCCAUUCUCCCUCUUUCCAUCACCCUGCCCCAUUCUCCCUCUUUCCAUAACCCCGCCCCAUUCUCCCGCUUUCCAUCACCCAGCCACAUUCUCCCGCUUUCCAUCACCCCGCCCCAUUCUCCCGCUUUCCAUCACCCACCCCUUUCUCCCGCUUUCCAUCUCCCCGCCCCAUUCUCCCUCUUUCCAUCACCCCGCCCCAUUUUCCCUCUUUCCAUCACCCCGCCCCAUUUUCCCUCUUUCCAUCAUCCCGCCCCAUUCUCGCUUUCCAGCACCCCGCCCCAUUCUCCCGCUUUCCAUCACCCCACCCGAUUCUCCCGCUUUCCAUCACCCCGCCCCAUUCUCCCGCUUUCCAUCACCCCGCCCUAUUCUUCCGCUUUCCAUCACCCCGCCCCCACCCUGGCCCAUUCUCCCGCUUUCCAUCUCCCCACCUGAUUCUCCCGCUUUCCAUCACCCCGCCCCAUUCUCCCGCUUUCCAUCACCCGCCCCAUUCUCCCGCUUUCCAUCACCCCGCCCCAUUCUCCCUCUUUCCAUCACCCCGCACCAUUCUCCCUCUUUCCAUCAUCCCGCCCCAUUCUCCCUCUUUCCAUCACCCCGCCCCAUUCUCCUGCUUUCCAUCACCCCGCCCCAUUCUCCCUCUUUCCAUCACCCCGCCCCAUACUCCCUCUUUCCAUCAUCCCGCCCCAUUCUCCCUCUUUCCAUAACCCCGCCCCAUUCUCCCGCUUUCCAUCACCCCGCCCCAUUCUCCCGCUUUCCAUCACCCUGGCCCAUUCUCCCGCCUUCCAUCACCCUGCCCCAUUCUCCCACUUUCCAGUACCCCGCCCCAUUCUCCCGCAUUCCAUCACCCCGCCCCAUUCUCCCAUUUUCCAGCACCCCGCCCAUAUCUCCCGCUUUCCAUCACCCCGCCCUAUUCUUCCGCUUUCCAUCACCCCGCCCCCACCCUGCCCCCUUCUCCCGCUUUCCAUCACCCCGCCCCAUUCUCCCGCUUUCCAUCACCCCGCCCCUCCAUCACCCCGCCCAUUCUCUCUCUCUCCAUCACCUCGCCCCAUUCUCCCUCUUUCCAUCACCACGCCCCAUUCUCCCUCUUUCCAUCACCCCGCCCCAUUCUCCCGCUUUCCAUCACCCCGCCCCAUUCUCCCUCUUUCCAUCACCCCGCCCCAUUCUCCCUCUUUCCAUCACCCCGCCCCAUUCUCCCUCUUUCCAUCACCCCGCCCCAUUCUCCCGCUUUCCAUCACCCCGCCCCAUUCUCCCGCUUUCCAGCACUCCGUCCCAUUCUCCCGCUUUCCAUCACCCCGCCCCAUUCUCCCGCUUUCCAGCACCCCGCCCCAUUCUCCCGCUUUCCAUCACCCCGCCCCAUUCUCCCGAUUUCCAGCACCCCGCCCCAUUCUCCCGCUUUCCAUCACCCCGCCCGAUUCUCCCGCUUUCCAGCACCCCGCCCGAUUCUCCCGCUUUCCAUCACCCCGCCCCAUUCUCCCUCUUUCCAUCACUCCGCUCCAUUCUCCCUCUUUCCAUCACCCCGCCCCAUUCUCCCUCUUUCCAUCACCCUGCCCCAUUCUCUCGCUUUCCAUCACCCCGCCCCAUUCUCCCUCUUUCCAUCACCCCGCCCCAUUCUCCUGCUUUCCAUCACCUCGCCCCAUUCUCCCGCUUUCCAUCGCCCUGCCCCAUUCUCCCGCUUUCCAUCACCUCGACCCAUUCUCCCUCUUUCCAUCACCCCGCCCCAUUCUCCCGCUUUCCAUCACCCCGCCCCAUUCUCCCGCUUUCCAUCACCCCGCCCCAUUCUCCCUCUUUCCAUCACCCCGCCCCAUUCUCCCGCUAUCCAUCAUCCAGCCCCAUUCUCCCGCUUUCCAGCACCCCGCCCUUAUCUCCCGCUUUCCAUCACCCCGCCCCAUUCUCCCGCUUUCCAUCACCCCGCCCCAUUCUCCCUCUUUCCAUCACCACGCCCCAUUCUCCCGCUUUCCAUCACCUGCCCCAUUCUCCCGCUUUCCAUCACCCCGCCCCAUUCUCGCGCAUUCCAGCACCCCGCCCCAUUCUCCCGCUUUCUAUCACCCCGCCCCAUUCUCCCGCUUUCCAGCACCCUGGCCGAUUCUCCCGCUUUCCAUCUCCCCACCUGAUUCUCCCGCUUUCCAUACCCCCGCCCCAUUCUUCCGCUUUCCAUCACCCGCCCCAUUCUCCCGCUUUCCAUCACCCCACCCCAUUCUCCCGCUUUCCAUCACCCCGCCCCAUUCUCCCUCUUUCCAUCACCCCGCACCAUUCUCCCGCUUUCCAUCACCCCGCCCCAUUCUCCCUCUUUCCAUCACCCCGACGCUUUCCAUCACCCCGCCCCAUUCUCCCUCUUUCCAUAAACCCCGCCCCAAUCUCCCUCUCUCCAUCACCCCGCCCCAUUCUCCCGCUUUCCAUCACCCCGCCCCAUUCUCCGGCUUUCCAUCACCCGCCCCAUUCUCCCUCUUUCCAUCUCCCCGCCCCAUUCUCCCUCUUUCCAUCACCCCGCCCCAUUCUCCCUCUUUCCAUCACCCCGCACCAUUCUCCCUCUUUCCAUCACCCCGCCCUAUUCUCCCGCUUUCCAUCACCCCGCCCCAUUCUCGCGCUUUCCAGCACCCCGCCCCAUUCUCCCGCUUUCUAUCACCCCGCCCCAUUCUUCCGCUUUCCAGCACCCUGGCCCAUUCUCCCGCUUUCCAUCUCCCCACCUGAUUCUCCCGCUCUCCAUCACCCCGCCCCAUUCUCCCGCUUUCCAUCACCCGCCCCAUUCUCCCACUUUCCAUCACCCCACCCCAUUCUCCCGCUUUCCAUCACCCCGCCCCAUUCUCCCUCUUUCCAUCACCCCGCACCAUUCUCCCUCUUUCCAUCACCCCGCCCCAUUCUCCCUCUUUCCAUCACCCCGCCCCAUUCUCCCGCUUUCCAUCACCCCGCCCCAUUCUCCCGCUUUCCAGCACCCCGCCCCAUUCUCCCGCUUUCCAUCACCACGCCCCAUUCUCCCUCUUUCCAUCACCCCGCCCCAUUCUCCCGCUUUCCAUCACCCCGCUCCAUUCUCCCGCUUUCCAGCUCCCCGCCCUUAUCUCCCGCUUUCCAUCACCCCGCCCCAUUCUCCCUCUUUCCAUCACCCCGCCCCAUUCUCCCGCUUUCCAUCACCCAGCCCCAUUCUCCCGCUUUCCAUCACCCCGCCCCAUUCUCCCUCUUUCCAUAA